UUUACGUCAAGGCAGAUUGUGGCCUAUAUAUACAACCCCUCUCUAGCAAUACUUUGAUCAUUUCAAGCUAUAGAAAGUUUUCAGUCUCCAUAAAGUUUUCUUUUCUUUUAAAUUCUCCAUUAUGGAUAAAGUUUUUCUAGCCAUUUUUUAUGCUUGUGUUCUGUUUUAUUCACUGAGUUCUGUUUAUUGUAUGCCUUCAUGUAGCGAUGCCCCUUUCGCUCAAACAUGCAACGAUUUCAUUGGUCAGAAUCUUGCACAAACCCAACAUCAAACACCCUUCACCUUUCGUGAUCAAUCCCUUCUAGUGACCAUGAACCAAGCCAUUGAAGCUCACCAAAUGAUCUUAGAUAUGGACUUGAGUUCAUUUGAUCCCAAAGCCAAGUUGGCUUGGGCUGAUUGUUUGGAACUGUACGAGAAUACAGUAGACCACCUUAACCGUUCAUUGAGCUCUAGAAAUCCACUAGAUUCUCAAACCUGGCUAAGUGCAGCAAUUGCCAAUCAACAAACUUGCCAAAAUGGGUUUAUUGAUUUUAACUUGGGCUCUCAUUUAGAGUCUUUGCCAUUUAUUAUGCCGAUGAGUAACUUGUCAAAGUUGCUUGCCAAUUCACUUGCCAUAAAUAAGGUGACUGUUUCCUCCUCGUAUAAUACCAACCAAGGGGGUGGCCGGAGAUUGCUUGCCGAUGGAUUCCCCUGGUGGGUCUCAGCUGGCGACCGGAGACUUCUGCAGUCGCCUAGGGGUGCACAGGCAGCUGAUGUUGUGGUAGCUCAAGAUGGGUCUGGUGAUUAUAAGACCAUUUCUGAGGCUGUGACUGCAUCGGCUCAUCGAAGAAGCGGGACAAAGAGAUUUGUGAUUUACGUGAAAAAGGGUGUUUAUAAAGAGAAUGUGGAGAUUAAGAAAUCAAUGAAGAAUUUAAUGUUAAUUGGAGAUGGAAUUGAUUCUACCAUUGUUACUGGUAAUAAGAAUGCUCAAGAUGGCUCCACAACUUUUCGUUCUGCUACUGUUGGUGUUUCCGGCGAUGGCUUCAUUGCCAAGGACAUGACGUUUGAGAAUACAGCCGGGCCGCAGAAACACCAAGCGGUGGCUCUCCGUUCAGGAUCUGAUUUCUCAGUUUUCUACAGUUGCAGUUUCAAGGGCUACCAAGAUACUCUAUAUGUGUACUCUCAACGACAAUUCUACCGCAACUGUGACAUAUACGGCACCAUAGACUUCAUUUUUGGCGACGCAGUUGUGGUUUUACAGAACUGUAAUAUAUACGUCAGAAAACCAAUGAGCAGCCAAAAGAAUACCGUCACAGCCCAAGCAAGGACAGACCCUAAUGAGAACACAGGCAUAGUCAUCCAUAAUUCACGGGUGACGGCAGCUUCUGAUUUAAGAGCAGUGCAGGGUUCGUUCAAGACUUAUCUGGGAAGGCCAUGGCAAAAAUAUUCAAGAACUUUGUUCAUGAAGAGUAAUUUAGAUGGACUUAUUGACCCUGCAGGUUGGUUACCUUGGAGUGGGAAUUUUGCUUUGAGUACUCUUUAUUAUGGUGAGUAUAUGAAUACUGGGAGUGGAGCAAGUACUGGAGGAAGGGUUAAGUGGCCAGGAUAUCAUGUAAUUACAAAGGCAACUGAUGCCGCAAAGUUCACCGUUGGGAACUUUCUGGCAGGAGAUUCUUGGAUUCCGUCCACCGGAGUGCCAUUUGAUUCUGGUUUAUAGUUGAUUUUUGAAGGAAGAAACAAAACGUAUGGACGCUAAGAUAUUGAUAAUGACUUUUUAAGUGUGAAAUAAAUUUUUAAAUUUUUAUUUAAA